AUGCAAAGCACGAAAGGAACGACGUUGCCAAAGCAGCGGCCAGCCUCCACUGCACCGUUGGAGGCUACGAAAACGCUUAUGCCUCUUCAUGAGCUGCCGUCGUUCCGUAGGGAUUUAUUGAGUCGGUCAGUGUUCGUCCUUGGCUUGCGAACCACGGCGGAGAUGCGUGAACUCCUCUCACUCAUGAAGAGGCACUGUGGCAUCAUCACAGGUGCGUUCCGCGUUGCCGAUUUUGCCUCAGGUGGCAUGUCUACAGGAGGGUCGAUGGCCGUACAGGGGACGGCCGUGGACAGCCGCAGCGCUCUUAGUAACGCAGGAGGGUGUGUGGUUGUUUGCCUGACGUUCCGGACGGAGGAGGGUGCUCAUCUUGCUCAGCGCAUGGACAACACAGCCCUCGUCUAUGGAAGCCGUUUUGUAGUGCUUCCAGCCACUCGCUUCCAUCAAAACAUCUCUCAGGUGUCCUCAAAGAAGCAAAGGAAUAUGCCCCAACACGAGCGACUCUGGCAGUUGCUUUUUUCCCCUACAGUGGGCGGCAGCAACAUUGACUGGGCGGCUGCGGCGGGGGCCGUCAAUCGGGGCGAGUUGUUGAUGUUGCACCCCUCAGAUUUACCUGUAGAUGUUACAAGUGACGGUACGAGCAGCGGUGGUGGUGCGAGUGGUGCUGCCUACAUGAAGAGACAGGUUGAUGGGGGAACUCAUAGUACUGGCGACGACGACAAAUUUCGGCUCUCACACUACCCCGCGGCUGCCGCGCCCGCUGACGACCUCAACGGCGCAAGAAACUUCUCAACAACACCAGCGACAACGACGGCCGUCACGGCGCCCGUCCCGCUGUACACACCCAGGGCUGCCGUGGACACUGAAAACCUCGGUCGCUCCAAUACACUCCAACAGCAGUACUAUAACGACGUGUAUGAGUCCUCACGCACGCCCUUCCUCUCGACGGUAUCUGAUAUUGCCUCAUCCAUACUCACAUCUACGGGCAGUGGAAACACCGAAUAUAUUCCGCGGGUGGGCCGCGCCGCCCAGCAAACUGACUUGUACGGUUCUCCGCCUCUUCGUCAGCGUGUUGAACCGUCUAGGGGUCAGCCCCUCGCUGAAAGAGUUACUGCCCACAGCCAACGUCUUACCGUUGAAGGGAAUGAGACCGAAUCCCGUACCAAUAACGUCACAACCAAUUCGGUGUAUAUACCCAGGGUGCAUUCGCUCGGUAGCCUUGUCAUGGAUGCCCUGCCCUUCGCUUCCUCACUCAUUUCCACACUGCUGCGUGCAGUUUCUUCUCCGUCGCAACAGCAUCUCACGGCAGAUGCAACCGCCGGUUACGAGAGGAUCAACGAGGGGGAGGCAGAAGAAUCCAGAAUCAGGGAAAUGCUCGGCAUGGGGGACUGGCGAGAUGCGCGGGGUCGGAAACGCAUGCGCCAUGGGGAGGAUGCGCGCGGGACGCCAGUUAGGUACAUUAGCAGUAGGGGGAAUGAAGUGGCAGGCACCACUGAGGAGAAGUUUUACAAUUUCGAGGGUGGUUUCACCACCCUCAGCCCAGACGUACUAAACACUCGAUUUUCCCCCUCGGGGAUGGCGGCGGUGCCAAUGACAGUUGCUGGAGGAGAAGCGGGGGGUGGGGUCACUGGUCCCAUGGGGAGUUUUUAUGCUGCUGGCAGACGCCAUGGUGGGGGCCAAGAUCUGCGCCGUUCACUGCUUCAUGCAAUGAUGAGUGCCGCCUCCCUCCGUGCCCAAGGAAAUGGCAGUGGCGUCGGUAAUGACAAUAGUGAUUUGACGGCGUCGGCCGCUCGAUCGGACUUACCUUUACCUCCCGUCCCGGACAAUGCGAGUAAUGAAGAAGUACGGGAGUAUAUUAUGCGAAAUGUUCGAUUGCUUCCGGCAGAGGGACAGCGACAGCAACAAAUGAGGUAUGUUAGGGGGACGGAUGUUGCUGCGGCGGCGGCGGCGGCGACCACCACUCCUGCUGGUGGUGGAUCGUCAUUUAUUCCUUUCGUAUCUGCAGUGAGUUCGUUAUUUCGGCGGGUGAACUCCGUGUGGAGAGGCUGA